CUAUAGUAUUCUUUUUUAAAAUACAUAUUAUUUCUUCAUUUACUAUUCAUAUUCACAAUACAUAUUGAGAGGGAAAAUAUUUUGAUCUCAACAAAAGCAUGAUACCAUCAAUUAGUGGGGCCAAAGCAUUCUUCUUAUAUAUAAAAUGAACCGCUUGCGUAACCAUCAGUUAUGCUCUCGAGAAUCUGAUCUCUGCUGCUGCCUUGGAUGCGUACGUCUAUACAUCUACAUAUAAGCAAAUGAAUGAACAAAUUAUUCUCUCAACAAUCUGAUGCAGCAGUUAACUGAUUUGAAUCAACAAUUUUCCACUCUUUCUUUGAAUCAACCGUAACUAUAUGAAUGCGUUACGCAAUCAAAUUUUGUUCUCACAUGCUGAUCUGCAGCACUUCCUCUUGCCUCCUUUCUUUUCACCCCUCGCCUCAUCUCCGUCGUCUCGCGGAGAGAAAAACGGAAAAGCUUUCAAGGAAGAAACGUCAGGAUUCCCUGUGGCAAACAGACUGAAAUUACAUUGUGCCUCCCUCCCCUCCUGUUCCCCCUUCCGCGGCCCCUAUGUACAGUAUGCUUUCAUUUUCACAAUAUAUACCCGACCCCGCUUAUCCUGAUUCCGGCGCGUCAACGGUAUCUUUCAACGCUGAAAAAGUGGUGUGCUGGGGGGGGAUUGUGGAGCGUAUUGUCACUGAUCCUGGCACUGGUCAUCUCGCCAUAUUUACAGAAACAAGGAGGCAUAACUAUAGAUAGUAGCAUGACAAAAAAAAGAGGCCAAAGCCAAAGCCAAAGCCAAAGCGGCCCCUUCCCCCGUUCCCCUCCUUUCUUCAACUUGGAAUAGGACCCCAAAGUCGCCCUGUUAAUAAUACCCGCAGAUAGCCAGCCAAAGUCAACAAAAAGGACUUUGGCUUCUCUACCUAGUGUUGCUUGGACGCGCAACCCCCUCACAUCUCACAUUGUCUCGUCUUCCCUCAUCCUCGUCAUCCAUUGUCAACCAUGUACUACCUCCCGCCCGGGGGGGAGGAUGAACAAUGGAUGACGCGGGCAGGGGGGAUGGGAUGAAUGGAUGAACGGGACGGGAUGUCAUAUCCGUACCUCCCCUGCGUUGCAUGUGUGCAUGGAAGUAUGGUAUAUGGUAUGCGCGUCCCGCAUGUUCGAAAACUGCAAAACUGCAAAACUGCAAAAAACAAAACGCGCAUACACAUGCUGACAUACAUAAUUCCACAUCCCUCUGCUGCCUUGCAGAUUCGAUACGCGUAUUUUAGUGUUCUGUUUCCUUUGUUCCAAGACGACAGGACAGGACAACCCCCGUGUUCUUACGUAUGCGGUUUACGUAUGCCCUGUCGGUGGGAGCAAGGGGGGAAUAAUACAGAAGGAGGAAAGGGAGAUAUAACCUAAUAGAGAGAGAGAGAGAGAGAGAGAGAGAGAGAGAGAGAG